AUGAAGUCGAUCAACGCAAUCGCGAUAGCCUUGCUAUCGUAUCUGAUGCAAGUAUCCUCUUGUCUACCAGCCCAAGUAUCAAACACCACCUUCGCAGAUCUUGGAAAACGCCAAUGCAUCCGGGCAGGCGACGAGAACAAUUACCAGUGCGAUGAGAAGUUGCCAAAGCUGUCCGAGAUCGUGGCUCGAAUUCGGGAUACUUCGGAUUAUGGUCUGGCGGACGACCAGCACGUCGCAGUCUUUUGGACUAAUCUUGGGGACUCGGCACAGAUGGGCACCGCGAUGUCGAUCACCGAGAUACUUUGGAUGCAAGGCUGGCUGGAAAGCAGACGGCUGCGUUGGUAUUGGUGGUUCGAGCACAUCAACCUGAAUUGGCGCAAAGCACAGGUCGACUGGAUCAACAACAACAACAUCCAAUAUCAGGAAGGUCAGGGCCAUAAUCCUCUCUUCACAUUCGACGUAUGCUCGUACCAAGCACUGGCGGCAGCAGCUAUCCAUCCGCACGCAUACCUCUUCACCAAGAAGGGUGUCGACUGGCGGCAGGAUUCCAUGUGGAACCAAGUCGAGUUCUGGCAACUGACGAAGAACAAAAAUAUCAAGCGGAUCUAUCGUGUUGAUCCCCGCCCCUGGGAUGUUGCAGGCAUCUUGCCGGUACAAAUGUGCAGUCACUCCAGCGAGGAGAUCCUGUGGGAUCGCGAUAGAGGCGACGCGGAGAUUGAGCCGGUUGAUACAUGUCGAGUGCCAUAA